GUUAAAGUCUUUCUCAUGAACUUAUCUGUAUACAGUUAUGUCCUUAAUGCAAAAGCUCCAGUAGUAGCUGCAUGGCAAUGGACUGUCUGUUGCGAUGAGCCAUCGAUCUUUGGAAAGAACUGUUAUCUAGCUUUUCGAACUAGUUUUCUGAUAAUAAUAACAGUAAAGCCUCAGUUAAUGAAUGCAACCGCGGAAGAUCUGUUUUCUAGUGGAGAUGGGGAUGUUUCGAUACAUUCUGCUGCAACACUCAUUGAUGAGGCUGGGGAAAUAAACGAAGAUUCAUCAUCUCCAUCACUUUUAAAUAUAGAGACAUCUUCAGACAACAGCAGUAAUUUAGAUAAUGACGAUUCAAGUUAUCAAACAACAGUUACUGUAACUGAAACAUCUUUAGAAAUGACGACGAAAGCUUCCGCAGUGACUACUACAGAACCUCCUGCUAUUACAACAGAACGCACCACGAUGACUACAUUUCUACCAACUACCGAAGAAGAAACGACGUCCACAUACACCACGACAGUUACUAGCCAACCUACAACAACAAUAAGAAGCACAACAAUGGAAAUACCUGUUACCACGACUCAGGGUCCAGCUACGACAACCAAACAACCAUUACCGAGCACUGCAACAAAAAGCGUAGAACAAAAACUGACAACAAUUGCAACUCAUCCUGUGCCAACUGUUGAAACAAGUACUGCAGAUGGUCAAGAGAAGUGCUCAUUCACUGAUGAAAGUCUUGUGUGUGACUUUGAAUUAAUCUGUUACGGAGAAGGUGAAAUUGAUUGCAGUAGCGAAAACGGUGCUAUGUUGCCAGAGUUCCUUCUAGUGACACGCAGUAGUUCACCAUCUGCUUCCUCAUCCGAAGGCACUGAUUAUGAAUAUGAAAAUGAAGAAUUCGGAACUAUUGGUUUGUUUCCAUCUGACCUGGUUGGUCGAGUAUCACCGAAGAAACGACUCCCUUUCUUAUUUAAAAUGGGAAUGCUGACGACACCUCUUGCCCCAACGAUGAAUUCAGAUGACUUCACAACUGACAUUCUAUUGGAAACAGCUGAUGACGUAAACAGCGAGAAGGCUGAAAUUAUAGGUGGAGAAACAUCUCAUGAAAAGAAAACAUCUGCUGCUACUAUCACAACUAUUGUCAGUGAUUCAAUUGUUGAAUCAGUUGCAAAAAAGGCAUGGGGUGAGGUCUCAAGGCGCACCUUGAACUCAGCAUGGAGGAAACUCUGGGCAGCUGUGGUUGCAGAACGAGACUUUGAGGGUUUCGAAAUCCCUACUGAAGAAGAAGCUGUGGAUGAUCCUGCUCCAUUGGAGGAGAUUAUUUCUCUGUCAGUCUUUGGGGCUUGUUGUCGAUGA